UAUUAAAAGAUUACAGAUGGCAAAAACAGUAAUACCCCUCCUAUUUCUUGAUUCUUGGAUGUUAGUGAUAAAGUUAUAUUCCAUAAACAAAGAUGAGCAAUAACCAUCGGAGUUAAACCAAAAAAGGAUCCCAACCCCAUAUGCCAUAACUAUGUUCUCUCUUCUCUGAAAGUAAGGCACAUCUCUUCUCAACAACCAAAAACACUAGUUAAAGUGGUAAUCAAAUAACGGGCCUGGAUCCUACACAAAACGCCGUUACCAUAAUACCCUCACGCGCGCUUCAAAAACCUAUUCUUUUAUAAUUGAAUUUGAAUGGCGCUUGAGCCAUUGACCCUCGCUCCUGCCCCCUUUGACGGCGAUUCAAACGGCGGCCGUCAACAAUCCGUCAACGGCGCCGAUGACGGAAACAGAGCGCCCAGGCUGCCACGAUGGACCAGGCAAGAAAUCCUGGUCCUCAUACAAGGCAAAAGAGUGGCAGAGAACAGGGUCCGAAGAGGGCGUACGGCUGGACUGGAAUUGGGUUCGGGUCAGGUUGAACCCAAGUGGGCAUCUGUUUCAUCCUACUGUACAAAGCACGGGGUGAACCGGGGGCCGGUUCAGUGCCGGAAAAGAUGGAGUAAUUUAGCCGGUGACUUUAAGAAGAUUAAAGAGUGGGAGUGUGGGAUAAAGGAAGAAAGCGAGUCAUUUUGGGUGAUGAGGAACGACUUGAGGCGAGAGAGAAAGCUGCCCGGUUUUUUUGAUAGGGAGGUCUACCAAAUUCUGGACCGGGGAAGCGGUGGAGAGGAGAUAGAGGAAGGUUUAGCUUUGGCUUUGGCGCCUGCAGCAGCAGUUAAUGAGCCAGAAGCAUUGUUUGACAGCGGGCGGAGUGCAGCAGCAGAUGAAGGGUUGUUCUCAGAUUUUGAGCAGUCUGAAGCUGGUGACAAAGAUAAGCACAUGCCUAUUCCUGCUCCAACUCCUAUUUCCGAACAGCAGUAUCAACCACUACCUAUGGAGUGUCAUGCUCAAGGUAUAAAUCAUCAAAAGGAACCGACCUCAAAUCCUGAUGGAGGAAGUGCUCAGGAAGGAAAGAAACGGAAGCGCGGUGUCACGGAUACUGAUGAAGAAGCGGACAAUCUGCAGCAUCAGUUAGCCAAAGCAUUGGAGAGGAAUGGUAAUCUGCUGAGCUCCCAACUUGAGGCUCAGAAUGCACAUUAUCAGCUGGAUAGGGAGCAGAGGAAAGACCAUGUCAAUAGCUUAGUAGCAGUUCUUGAUAAGCUUGCAGAUGCCAUGGUUAGAAUUGCCGAUAAAUUGUAGAGAACCUAUUGGGGUGUACAUAACAUGUUAUCUCUCACUCCUUGAACCAUAAUCAAUGCUAAAGAAUUUUGGUGAGCAAACCAGAUACCAGUUGAUGGUCAAAUUCGAUCAUUUUUAAUUGGUAGUUGGAAAUAUAAUAUUCUUUUCAGAUUUUGCACUUUCUAAGAUUUAAUCGUGUUACAAGUUUACAAUAAUACAGAUAGGACUGGGAGGCUAGCUAGCAUUAAAUAAACAAGUACACUUUAUUAGAGAUAUCUCUUGUUUUCUCACGACUGUACAGAUACAAGAUAGAUGAGUGAAACUGCGAUUGUAAGCUGCCAUCUUA